GACAACAAUACCUACUACCGAAGGGUGCCUAAUUUCCACCCCUCAACACGCACCUAUGAGCAACAAUGGCCGGGCUUAGAGACUCUCUCAAACUUGCGCGGAAAGCGGUCGAAAAAACACCAGGAGACCAUCCGGACCGGCAGGUAUGCCUGACGUAUCUUGGCUACCAACUAUGUCGGAUGUACAAGUCAACAGAGUCCAUCGAAUACCUCGAUGAGGCUGCCAGCGCCGCACGAGAAGCAGUCGAUCUGACACCAGAAGACAGUCCUAAUCGUACAGACCUUCUAUUUAUGCUGGAAAAUCGUCUGAGCAAGAUUUACUCAAUAACAAGAUCCUCUACAGUUCUUAAUGAGGCUAUUCAAGUCGGGAGAGAAAUGGUCCGUCUGACGCCAAAAGAUGAUCUUGAUCGGGCGGAAUAUCUCGAUACACUUGCAAAUCAACUCAUCAGGGCGUAUUCGAAAACACGCGAUGUAGAAUAUCUGAAUGAGGCGGUCCAGGUCGCGCGGGAAGUCGUCGACUUGACACCGGGAGGCAGUCCCGACCUAGCAGAACGGUUGAGUGACCUUGGAUCUUUACUCAACAAGAGCUUCGAAAGAACAAAAUCACCCCAACACCUUGAUGAGGCCAUUGAAGUGGGGCGAAGCGUGGUCCAUGUCAUGAAAGACCAUUCCCGCCGAUUAACGAGUCUCACUCAACUUGGCAUACGACUGGAAACAAGAUUCUCAAGAACGGGAGAUUUAAAAGAUAUUGGGGAAUCGAUUGAGAUUGGACGCGAAGUGCUCGAGAUGGGGACAGAAAAUCACCCAAAGUGGCUUCAAAACCUCAAUAUUCUUGGAAUUCGCCUCGACCAAAGAUACCUUUCGUCAGGGGUGCUCGCGGAUCUUAGCGAGACAAUUGAGAUUAGUCGAAAAGUGGUUGAUCUGACACCAGAAGAUCACCCUGAUUUCGCAGAGCGCUUGUACAACCUUGGAGUUCAACUUGGCGAUAGAUUUGUCAAGUCGGGAGCUCUAGAAGACAUCAAUUCAGCGAUUGAGGCAAGUCGAAAGGUCGUCAAUCUGACGCCACAGAAUCACCCGGACUGGGCGGAGCGACUAUAUAGGCUUGAACUUCGACUUGAAGAUAGGUUUCAAAGAACGGGAGAUCCAGCAGAUCUUGAGGAAGCGAUCGAAAUAGGACGCAAAGUGGUCGAGCAUACUCCGGAAAAUCAUCCUCGCCUGCCAAAGAGGCUGGAUGCACUUGGGGACUCCCUUCGCAUUAAAUUCUCAAGAUUCGGAAAUCUAGAGGACCUCGAAGAAGGGAUCAGAUUCAGUCGCAAAGCGAUCAGUCUGGCGGCAGAAGACAGCUCCCUGCAGGCUGCAUGCCUUGAUGGCCUUGGAAUGCAAUUGAGGGAACGAUUCUCCAGAACAGGCUCUCUGGCGGAUAUCCAAGAGGCAAUAGAGAUCGGUCGCAAAGUUGUUGACAUGACCCCAGCCGAUCACUCUGACCGGAUACCUCGCCUGGAACAUCUUGGAACUAGACUGAGCGAGAGAUUCUUAGCAACAGGAGCCAUUGAGAACCUUCAUGAGGCUAUUCAAAUCGGCCGCCAAGCAGUCGAUAUGACGACAGAAGACAACCCUCAGCACACGAUAUAUCUGAGCAACCUUGGAAGUCGACUUAGCAAUAGAUAUCUUGCCAUUGGAGCAUUGGCAGAUCUCGAUGAGGCGAUCAAGACCUAUCGACAAGCGCUAGCUCUGACACCGGAAGACGAUUUUCGUCAAACGACACAAAUGCAUAAUCUCGGAAAUGCACUGUCGGACAUGUUUUUACGAACAAAGGAUCUGAAAUAUCUCAAUGAAGCUAUUGAACUCAGCCGAAAAGCAGCUGAUCUCACUCCAGAGGAGUACUCUGGUCGGGCGAUUCUUCUGAACAGUUUGGGACACGGACUCGGCGAAAGAUAUUUGACGACAGGAGAUUUAUCCGACCUUGAAGAGGCAAUCCGAGUCGGACAGAACGCAGUUGAGCUGACUCCAGAGGGUCACUCUGAACAGGGCAUGAGGCUCAACAACCUUGCAAACAGGCUCAGCGACCGGUACUCGAGAACAAGAACUGCGGAAGACAUCGAGAAUGCCAUCAAAGCCGGGCGAAAGGCAGUCAACGUAACUCCGGAAGACCACCCUGAACGCGCAAUGUUCCUCACCAACCUUGGGGAUAAACUUGGCAAAAGAUACUCCCAAACAGGGGACUUAGAAGACGUUCACGAGGCCAUUUCACUUUUUCAGUCCGCUCUUCGACGACCCAUGUCGACUAUGCUCCAUCGAAUCGAAGCCGUUAGACAUGUUCUGGACUACUGCGCAACAAUUUCAGAUUGGAAACAGGCCUAUCAAGCUUCAGACUUUGCUCUCAACCUUGUUCCUGAGUUGGUCGCGCGAUCGCUUGAGAAUACCGAUAAACAACAUAUGCUCAGUCGGAUAGUUGGCCUUGCCUCCGAUGCCGCAGCGUCGGCAUUUCACGCUGGAAAGCCGCCCGCAGUUGCUUUAAGCUUCCUCGAACAAGGUCGAGGUGUGUUGGCAACAUCGAUCGAGGAAAUGAGAACAGACGUUUCAGAUCUACGACAAAAUCACCCUGAUCUGGCACACAAGUUCAACGGUCUCAGGGGCGAGUUAGAGCAGCUACUUCCACAAAAUGGCUCUCUCGAUGGGGUUGACUCACCGUCAGGGCAGGCUCGAACAGAUCGGCGUUGUGAGGUGCAUGAUCAGAUCAAUGACGUUCUCGCUGAGAUUCGUACAAAAGCUGGAUUCGAAGACUUCUUGCUUGCGCCAAAAGAAUCGGAAUUGAAGGCUGCUGCUGUGCUUGGUCCUAUUGUCGUCAUCAAUGUUAGCGUGUUUCGUUGCGAUGCUAUUCUCGUUGAGCAGCAUCAAAUACGCUCUAUCCCGUUACCUAAGCUCGAAAUGGAAAGUCUCACAAAUUGGACCUUAGAAAGGGACCUCAAGAGUCUCGAAGUUUUGGAGUGGCUGUGGGAAGUUGUUACACGCCCGGUUCUGGACGUUCUGGGAUUUACUGAUGCUCCCUCUGACGACAAGUGGCCUCAUGUAUGGUGGAUCCCGACAGGCCCUCUCAGCAAAUUUCCUCUCCAUGCUGCCGGGCACCAUAAAAAGGGUUCUCUAGAGGCAGUGCUAGAUAGGGUCAUGUCAUCCUACAGUACAUCCAUCAAGGCAAUCAUACACAGCCGGGAACGCACAAGUCCAAGCACGACGCAACUAGUACCGGCCCAAGCCUUGCUUGUCUCCAUGGAACAUACACAAAACAGCACGAGGCUGCCUUUUGCAACUAGAGAGGUGGCCAUGUUGCAGAGGUUGUUUGAAACCCUCUCAUUUGCCUCCAUCCAGCCAGGGCGGCGAAAGCAAGACAUUAUUUCCCAUUUGCCUGAAUGCAAAAUGUUUCAUUUUGCUGGCCACGCUGGUCAUGACAAGACAGACAAGAGCUAUUUGCUCUUGGAGGAUGGCAAACUAACGGUAGACACUCUGCUGGAGAUAAAUGUUCGCGAACGGUCGCCCUUUCUUGCGUACCUGUCGGCUUGUGGGACCGGUCAGAUCAACGAUGAGAAGUUCGUUGACGAGAGCAUCCACUUGAUUAGCGGAUAUCAGCUGGCUGGAUUUCGACACGUUAUUGGCACCCUGUGGGAGGUCAAGGAUGAAUUGUGUGUGGAUAUGACGAGAAUUACGUACGAAGGGAUACGGGACGGGGGCAUGACGGAUGAAUCAGUGUGUCGAGGAUUGCAUAAUGCAAGCAGGUGUAUUCGAAAUCGCUGGCUUGAUGCACCGUCGAAAGCUGGAACUGCAAUGGUGAGGGAGGAUAAGGUCUUGGCACAGAGGGACCAGAGAGAGACAAGGUUGCCAAGGGAUGUUGAGCUAUGUGAUGCUGACGACGAAGAUCGUGAACCGCUAGACUGGGUUCCCUAUGUUCACUUUGGGGUGUAGUCUGCAAUCGACUUGGAGAAGAUAAUAUAACAUCUUUACCCUGGUGGUGGUACUUUUGACCCAUGGGAUCUCAAGUGUAUUAGUAUUGUCCUGACGGGCGUCCUGUCAACUCACCAGACUAUCGCCACAUCUGGAAGUUAGUGGUGGGAUAGAUGCCAGG